CCCUGGGCAAUAGGGGAUCAUGGGGCCCCUGUGUCCUUGCCCAAACUCAAAAAAGCCUAUGAAAAAGGUAUUAGGGGCAUCUCCCCCGGGCCCUCGGGCAGUUUUCAAAUGGUCAUUCCGCCUCUGACACCAAGCCAUGCUGUCAGUAACAUACUGAUUUUUUCUGAGCUGGUAUUACCCUUUCUGAUAAUAUAUCUCUGUGUGCUUUAUCACAUCACAUCACAGCAAAGUUCUUUAGAGCAUGAUUAAUGGGAUGU